CUCCAGUGGUCGCUACGCUCUCUCUCUCUCUCUCUCACCCACUCUCACUCUCACUCUCUCUCUCACUCCCUCUCUCUCUCUCUCCCUCUGAUAGCAGUACCCGGUGAAAUUUCACGCAACCAUCUGCAAACUCCGCCGACCCGAUCACCAGACAACAUGGCUUCUGGCGUCACAGUCAAUGAAGAAGUUAUCAAGGUCUUCAAUGACAUGAAGGUGCGCAAGUCGUCAUCUUCUGAUGAGGUGAAGAAGCGCAAGAAGGCAGUUCUUUUCUGCCUUAGCGAUGACAAGAAAAAGAUCAUUGUGGAAGAGGGAAAGCAGAUCUUGGUGGGUGACAUCGGAGAGUCUGUAGAGGACCCCUACGCAUGCUUUGUCAAGCUCCUACCUCUUAAUGACUGCCGGUACGGCUUGUACGACGCCACAUACGAAACAAAAGAAUCAAAGAAAGAAGAUCUGGUGUUUGUAUUUUGGGCACCAGAAGGGGCUCCUCUAAAAAGCAAGAUGAUCUACGCCAGCUCUAAAGAUGCCAUCAAAAAGAAAUUCACAGGUAUUAAGCAUGAAUGGCAAGUUAACGGUUUAGACGACAUUCAGGACCGCUCCACUCUGGCAGACAAGUUGGGAGGCAACGUGGUGGUAUCGCUGGAAGGGAAAGCAUUGUAAACUGACACGUGCCACAUGGAUCCUAGACGCUUUCAUCUUAGCAGCUCUGUUGAUAUCAUUUGAACCUAUUGGAAUAGUUUUAGUUUUUUUUUUUGUUGUUCUUUUAUUUUGUUUUCUUUCCCCAAAUGAAGGAGGUCUCAUUAAUGAAUCCAAACAAAUCCUACCAGUUAUUGCCAGUCGACUCUUUCCAAAUCCUGGUAGAUUUGCUAAAAUGUAGAACCUGGAGGAAUGCUUUCACGUCAUGCUUUUGCCAAACAAAACUCCACAAUACUCUACUCCUUCCAAUCGAAGAAGAACUAUGAACCUCACACAAGGGAAAGAUGGCGUUGCCUGCAUUCUUUAUCACAGACACAGCAACAGUUUAAUGUUGAGUAGCUUAGAGCAAAGUGAGUAAGCUUUCUUUGAAUGUCCUGGCAGUCGUGUCCACUGUCCUGGCAUUAGCCAAUAUCCAGUAGAAACAAUUUGCACUCCGUUGAGUUUUUCCAUGGGGCCGAUAACUGUUCCAUCUCGUUAGCCUGGGUAUUUGACAUGGCGCGACACAUUUUACACUAUGCAUACAAAGCACUUUUUGUCUAUUGUAUUGGUUUAGACACUACAAGUAAAGAGCAAACAAAAGGAGGACGGAAUGCUUACUGAAUGAGUGCAUUUAUGUCACCUAGGAAGUGAAGUUACCUCAGUUUUUAUUCCUAUACAGCAUAUGGGAAAGGAAAGACAAAAGAGUAUUUAAUUGUUCCGUUGCCUUCUUGUUUUCACUCCAAUGUACCGUACAACGCUGAAUAAACAGAAGAGGUGCUGCUUGCAUUUUUGCAACACUAAAAGAGAAUCCACACUAUCAGUCAAGAUGGCAAUAUCUGUGUGAUCGGAGCCUUAAGUGGAAUAUUGUUUUUGAGAUCGGUGAAGUCGCCACUUUGCAAUAAAUCUUGCGACUGAUCAUU